AAGUCUCACUUUAAAAGGAGGAACUCUUUCAGUUUCAUAUAGACUAACCUUCUUUGGUGAGCUGAGAUCAAGAAUAGGUCUGAAAGGACUUACUGGAGAUCAACAUGAUCAAACGCCGUUCUGCUAAUGUUGUGGUGAAGAACUCAAAUGCAGCAUUUAUUGAGCCUCUAAAAGAAGGCCUCCACUCCAUCAAGAAAGUCUGUGAGGCCCUCACUGAAGCAGAUGUAGAUCCCAUUAGUGGGCAGAGCUCCAACUACAACUACAUUAGAGAGCAGAUUGUGCAGGCCAAGCAGAGCCUGGAGCAGUCAGAACAGGCAGCUGCAACAGUGCUGAGGAAUCUAGAUGAAAAAAUUGAGAUCCUUACAUGUGAUGAGGGAAAACUUGAACAAGAGAUGACUGCUACAAAAGAAACCUUAGAAAACCUGAAAAUACAACAGACAUCUAAUGAAAAAUUGCUGAGCGAGUCUAAAGGUGCUCUGGAGCUGGCCAGAACAAACCUAAACACAGCACGAGAAGCGCUUCAGGCAUUGGAAGAAAGGAGAGACAAUGCUACGAGUGUGAGAGAUGCUGGGUGGGGAGUGACAUUAAUACCAAUUAUCGGAUGGAUUGCCGGUCCCAUUAUGAUAGCUGUUGGAGAAGCAGAAAUAGCCCAAGCUACAGAAGCUAUUGAAGUAGCUGAAACGGAAGUGACAGCAUCAAAGAAAGAAAAGAAAAAAUACAAAAGAAAAGUGUCAGACUACAAGUCUGAGAUUUCUAAGACUGAGCGCAACAUCAAACAGAAACGUGAUAGGGCAGACCGGAUCCAUGAAGAGAUUGGAAAAGUGAAUCAGCAGAGAGACGCCAUCGCUGAGUUCCAGGAGAAAUUGAGAAGUGCCGUCCACAUCCUGAGUGAAAUGAGUGGGACAUCCAGAGUGGCUGAGAUUCAGACUCGCAGAUUCGUCCUCCAGGAGCCAGUGAUGAAGGUGAUGGAGGAUCUGGUAAAGGCAGCUGAAAGAAUCACAGGGAACCUUCUUUGCUUAACUGACUGUGAAGAUGAAAAGACGAACGCAGGCAGGGUCCGUGUACCUUUCUUGAAUUGGCUUUUUCAUUUAUUUUCCCGCAAUAAAAGAAAGAGGAGAACAACCCUAUUUUCCAAUUUUAAAUGAUGAUAUUAUUUAAUUACAGAAAGCAAGUUGUCUUCUACAACUAAACAAAAUAUGAAAAAUGAAUAUGAACAAAUACCAAUUAAAAUUUUUCCUUCCCCAUUGUAACUAAUUAUGGAUUGAAAUGCAGAUUUUUGCAAGAAUCUGACAUUUUUAACAUGGUUAUUGCCACACCACCAUACAUUUUCAAACAGAGGAAAGUAGUUAGUAUUGCUAGGAGAGGAGUGCUAAUAUAAUAGAGACAUAGAUUGGACAGCCACUUCCAGAGUCACCACAGUUGUGCCAUUAUGGAGACAAGUCUUUGGUGCCAGAAGGGUUCGCUAAAGCAGAAUUUAGAUAGAUCUGACAGGAUUUAUUUCUGCAACCAAAAAAAAUAUUAAUUUUCUGUAGAUGGAAGAGCCCACAGAAACCAGAGGUCACAGAGUGGUACUAUAAAUGAAACAGUCUCAGUGGAAAGUAUGAUGGCUAAUCUGAAUAAUUCUCGAAGACAAUUUAACCAGAUUCGGGAUAAAAAAUUUUUAUGUAUGUUAGAGGUUUAAAUUAGGGAAAAGUGUAAUUUUUCUGUUUGACAGGGAAGGCGUGGUGGGGUUUCUUGGGGUGCUGUGGUUUGUUUGUAUGUUUUAUCUCUCUCUUUUAUUAUUCCAUCCUCUAUAUAUUGUUUAAGGCCCUUUUUAGUGUGAAGGCUGGAAAUAAGCUAUUAUAACAUGGGAAUACUGCAUAUGUCUAUGUGUAUGACUGAUAACUAAUAAAGUAUCCUUGACCCACUUCAUGAGUUAAUUAUAACUUUGGUCGAGGACGGGGAAACGUGCUGAGAUUUCUAUGCACACUGGGUCGCAUUCUACUGAAGCUAAUAUAAGGAAGUUAUAGGUUAUGGCUCGAGAAGUCACAGGUUAUGGCUAGAGAAAAAACAUACAAUGGCCAGCAAUUUGGAGCUUGCCGUGGCCAAUGCAAUAUGCCAAGUAUUGUCAGCCAACUUCAUAAAAAAAAAUACUGUUGCUCUAUUUAGCCUAUACUUAUGAUUUUAUGGAGUAAUUUUAACCUUUAAUCUAAGAUCAAUGCAGAUAAUCUGUUAAUGUUUGUGUAUGGAAUUGUGAUGUGAGUCUGUCCUAAUUUGUCAUGAUUUCUGUUUCACUGCAAUAAAGUUGGUUUUAUAUUGGCA